UCCCACGCAACUUGAAACUUCAAAGGCUCUCGCGUCGUAUGCAACAGAUUUUCAAUGAUUGCGAGAAGUAGACUCGUAUUGAUAUCCGUAAUUCCGUAUCGUUUCGUUAUAGCUUACGUUAUCGUAUCCUAUCGUAUGUGCGUUCUCCGGUAAUGUGACUGUUUCGAAGGAAUACCCCGUGGUAUUUAAUUAAAUUUUGUCUCGUAAUUUCAAACAUUUUAUUCGUAAUGCCGAUUUACUAAUUUUCGACGCGAAAACUGACCAUUUUUUCGAUUUUUUUCACGCGAUUGUAUACCUAUCUUACAACUUGUGCGCUUUAAUUUCGACAUAAUGAUCGGCGAAGAAUGUACAUUGGCGGACGAGUACGUUCAAGGAUUCGUGUUAGAUCAAUUCGAAGACGUUUCGAUUAAACGCGAAGAAAUGGCCAAUUUCGGGCACCCUCCUCCUCCUCCAAACACCAACCCGUCUUCAAAUACCAACUGUAACAACAACAACAAUAAUAAUAACAACAACAACGAGGAAGAAAUCAAUCAGAAUUCGGUUCAAACGAUACCUCCUCAAUUCCAAAGGCUACCUCCGAUGCCUCUGCCGAUCCCAUCCCCAAUGGUGAUCCAGUCACCUCCGCAUCAUUUACUCACACCUCCGGAGCACGACAACUACCAUCAUCACUCGCUGCAUCAUCAUCAUCAUCAUCAUAGCGUGGUAAAGGCAUCUUCGACUAAUCUAAUCAUGUAUCAAAACAUCCCCGGCACGCCGCCGGAUACGCCACCUGUGAGUAAUUCGCCCUCACCCCAGGCUGGAUACAUGGAACACCAGCCAAUGUAUCCUCAUAUUCAACCAGUGCCGAAAAAUCCCCCUUACAACGAUAUGAUCUGGCAACCUAUGAGCGACCGCCGCAACAGGCACGAGCCUCUGGACCUGCGGCCAAAUUGCAAUGGCGAUAGCGUGGCCGAAAUUCAGAACUGGAAUGUAAUGCAACAGCACACGCACACCUCGGUCAUCGCCAGCAACGGUAAGCGAUUUUUGCAUACCGACUAUAUUCACCAUCGCCACCAGCUCAUUCAAAAUCAAGCGUCUUCGCCGUUUGGCAAACCUUUGGUGUGCAAUAGCGGUUUGAUAUCGCCGGCGAGCACUUCGAGCAGGACGAAUAGCGUCAGUGGUCGUAGUACUAGUCGCAAUAACUUGAGUAAUGGAAACGAUUGUUCACUAGAUGACGACACCCUAGUCACAUUAUCAGUCAGGGAUUUGAAUUUACGUCUCAAGAGUUACCCUCGCGAAGAAGUAGUCAAGUUGAAGCAGAAACGCCGCACGUUGAAGAACCGAGGAUACGCUCAGAAUUGCCGCAGCAAACGAGUGCUGCAGAAAACCGAGCUCGAAAUGAAUAAUCGUAAAUUAGAGACCGAAAUUAAUACGUUGCAGAAUAAACUUCGAGAAACUAUGCAGGAGCUGGAGAUUUACAAACGUAGGUGCGAGAUGUUUAUGGUGGAGAAUUCCCAUCGUAACAGGAGGUCUGCAGUUCAUACUACCAAUGAGUACAUAUGAAAGGAAUGGUAUUCCCAAAUUGUUGACCCAUCAGAAGCUCGAGAAAGACCUUAACUUACCAUUUUUACGAUCAAUUGUAUCGAUUACCUUUCAGGUUCGUUCUGUUUGUAUAGUAUUAGUAUUUACAUAUUUGAAAUUGAUUCAGUAUUUUUCUCUUUUAUACCUACUAGAUAUGAACUUUCCCCAUUUUUUCCCCAAAUUUUAUUCAAAUAUUUUAUAUUCUAGGUUUCGUUUACAUGUACAAAUUUCAAUCUAUUCUACGUAGAUAGGUACCUACUUAAUAACUCAUUUCUUUUUUAAAUUUUGUACCCACAAUUUGUUCUCUAAUUUUUAAGUUUUAAAUUUACUCUUACUUAAAUUUUUACAUUGGAAUAUUAUUUCUGAUAUGUGCGGCGUGAAAAAGUGAUUGAGAAAGGGAUAAAUUAUCAAAUUUUGGCCAAAUAUGAGAAUCUAAUUUAUAGCUGGAUGAACUUAUUUCCAAUUUAUUCUAUUUAUCGACUGGCAAUUCUGUUCAGUAACGUGAUUUUCGAUUUUUUGAGAGGAAGGGGGGACAAAAAGGAAGAAUACAUUCGAAAUAAUCAUACACGUAUUCCAUAGCUAAACAAUGAAAAAAAUGAACACGUAGUUUCAUUCAUUUCCCACAGUCCAAUUGGCAAAAGGUGCAUCAGAAAUCAAAUUGGGAUGGAAUUUUUGUGACGCAAAGAAAUCAGUCGAUUUUCUGAGAAUAUCGGUGCAAAAUGUCAGAAAGGACGAAUUUUGGAUUUUUGAAGGGUACAAUAAAAUGGGUGAAGCAAAAAACUCUUAAUUUUUUGAGGGGCUCAAGCCCGAACAUUUUUUUUUGCAGGAUGGUACAAGGCAGUCCCCUCACUUCGAGUAUAAUUUUAGAUGUUCACUUCGGGUCACUAGUUUCACAAUUUGGCACUAAUAGUUCGCCUUGGGUGUGAUUUUUUGGACAUAUUCGACACAAAAAUGGUUACUAAGCGUUAUUAAGUUGGUCUGAAAAAAUUCUUUUAGGUCAAUUGAUCCAAAGUUCACAAAAGAAAAUGUUCAGUAGGCAGGCUGCAGUCGAAUUUCAAAAUCGCGCCAUCUCUUCAAAAGUGAUCUUGAAGCCUAUCAAAGUAGAACAAAAUUGCGCAAAAAAUUCAAUUAUUUCGACAAAAAUGGUUUUUUGUUGUUUUUUUUUUUUUGAAAAAAAGUCAUGCUACUUACAAUUAAUCAAAAUUCACAUUUUGGUAGAAAAUCAAAAUUCUUAAUCAGAACUUACUUUUUUGGAGUACUUUCAAGGAUUUUGAGCGAAAAAUUGGCCCAUGAUUCUUGGGAUUUUUGAAAAAAUGCCAUGCAAAGCUCCAACAUGAGUUGAAAUUUUGGCCUGAUGAUCAAAAAUUUUCUAUUUAGAGCACUUUUGAAGAAUUUUAAGCCCAAAACAGGGUAAUUAUUUUCAGAGUUUUUAAAAAAAGAUGUCAUGCAACUAGCAAAAAAAGUAAAAGUUACACGUUAUUUAAAUAAAAAAAAUUUGAAAUCUGAUCACAAAUUAAUGAAACGUUUCCAUAAUGUAGAAAAACGCAAAAAAUAGUAUUUGUAAAAAUUGAGACAAAUUUAGAGAUUAUUCGUACUUACAAAACCUUAGUCUCGAGAAUCACAAACCAUAUUUUAGCUCAAAAAUCUUCAAAUAUGUUUUUUACAAGUUUUGAUAAAAAUUGUUCAUUUUUUAACGAAAUCCUACCCCAUUAUGAAGGAUUGCGUGACACCUUUUUCAAAAAUUCCGAGAAAUUAUGACCCAAUUUUGUCAACAAAAAAUCUUCAAAAAUGUUUUUCAAAAGUUUUGAUAGAAAUCGUUCAUUUUUUGACGAAAUUUAUAACCCAUUAUGGAGGAUCGCGUAACACCUCCUUUAAAAAUCCCGGAAAAUCAUUACCCUAAUUUUGUCGACAAGAUUCUUCAAAAAUCUUCAAAAAUGUUUUUCAAAAGUUUUGAUAGAAAAUUUUCAUUUUUUGACGAAAUUAUAACCUAUUGUGAAGGAUUGCCUGACACCUUUUUUAAGAAUUCCGAAAAAUCAUGACCUACCCUAAUUUUGGCGACAAAACUCAUCAGAUGUGUCCCAAAAAAAGCGUUGAUUGCAUUUUUGAUUCACUCACAACUUUCCUGGCAUUUGACAUUUUCAAGAAGUGAUAGAAAUUUCAAAAUUAAAACGCAACAUGAAAUUUCCUCUUCAAGUGACCUAUUUUAAUGGGCCCCAUGAGACUUAUUCAUAACUACCCAGAAAAAUUGAUUCAAUUUUGGAUCCGAAAUUAUUCAAUAGUGCUCGAAAACCGUUUUGAUAAAAAAUUUGAAUUUAUUGGCGAAAUUUUAACCGAUUUUGAUAAAUUACAUGGGAACUUUUUCAAAAAAUCUCGAUAUUCAUGAUUCAGUUUUGGGCUCAAAAUUCUCUAAAAAUGCUUUUAAAAAUUUUUCGUUGAAAUAUUGGAAUUACUCACGAAAUUUCAACCUAUUUUGAUAGGUCACAAGGCCACUCUCGAAUAAUUCUACAUCAGUUCAUGUUUAGGUAACUUGACAUUGGAGGAAGCAUGACUUAAAAAUUCGACAACGCCUAAAUUGUGCUUGCCAUUUUUUGUGAACUUCCGUUCAACGGGCGUAGAACGAACUUCUUUUCCAUGAAUAUGAUUUUUUGCCUCCCCCCCCCCACUUUAAUGACACUUGCGUAACUAUUUUUGUGCUAAAUUUGCCCAAAAAUUACACUUGUGGGGUAUUAGCGCCUCAUUAUGCAACUAAACCUUUCAAAAAUUCUUAUAAAUGAGAAGAUAAAUUUGAAUAAAGAGUUGAAAAAUUUUUAAAAAUUGAUGGAAAAUUUUGAAAACUCAAGAAAUUUUAUUUGAUUGAAAAUACCAAGACACUUUCAAGACAAAUUCUGUCUUGUAUUUUUUGUUUCGUUAAUUGAUUUUCACUCAAAUUUUCCAAAGAUGAAUUUGUCAUUUACUCUCCUCCCCCUCACCCCACACAAAAAAUUGAUUAGAUGGUAAAAUGUCAAAAAAAAACUAAGUUUCUCAUACUUGGGAGGUUUUUUGAUAAUUAUUUUUUAAAAAUUGAAGUUUGACGAUGGGACUGGCUUUCGAUUACUUGUUUUACGAAUAUAACUUGAGAUAUUCUUUAUUCUUUCGAAAAAUCUCAAAAUAGCGUAAUACUAUACGAGUAAAUGAGCACAUGUUUGGCAACACGUUAUUUCAUAACUGGAAAUAAUGACCCUAAUUAAAAAUCGUAUCACUGUCUCGAUAAACUAAAAAGUUUAUUUAUCAAGCCUAAACGUGUACUUUGAUAUUUCGAUUUUGACUCAUUUCUCAGAUGCCACGAUGCUUUGUAAUCUCUUUACUUAAUAUGUAAAAACGUACCAACUCGUACGUAUUUACGAUAAAUAAACGCAGACCUAAAAUUCGCUCGUACCGAUUAAGUAAAUAACAUAAACCGUGGCAAUUGUCGUGACUUUUUUAAAUGAUUGUUAAGUAUAUUAUUAAGGCUGUAGUUUCUUUUUCCGAAACAUGUGGUUUUUUUUUACAUGCAUAAUGAAUGUUUACAGAAUUCAUCAUAAGUCCAGAAAAAAUUGUAUUUUAUUUUUUAAUACGUAAAAUAAUGUUUUAAGUAUGCAUAAGUAUUUUUUUUUAAUUUUGUAAUUUUUUUAUCGCCAAAUUUUUGAAAUAAAUUUUGAAUUUUCGUCAUUUUUAUUCAAAUGUUUGUAUAAGUUCAUUAAUAUUCCAACUGUAGUCUUGAUUAGAAAAUUGUCAUGUCAGACGUUCGAAUCAAAAUCAUGUUGUGCUUGGGUAUGUUUAUUUACGUCUCAGCGAAAUCAGUUUUGCUGUAGCGUGAUUUUGAUAAAUUAGAUAUCAUAGCUGAGUUGUGAAUAUUUUGUCUUAUUAUUAUCAAGUUUUCAUGAAUGAAUGUGUUAAACGACGAAACUAUCGUAAACUUCGUAGAUGAAAUUGAUUAAUAAAGCGAAUUUUUGAGAAUGCAA